AUGACAUUCUGCACUGAUCAUUUAUCUAAACCCCCGCCCCCCCCAAUCUAUCUAUCUAUCUAUCUAUCUAUCUAUCUAUCUAUCUAUCUAUCAUCUAUCUAUCUAUCAUAUUCUCUCUCACCUCUCUCUCUCUCUCUUUCUCUCUCUUUCUCUCUCUCUUUUUCCUAUCUCUCUCUGCGUCCAUAUCUAUCUAUCUAUCUAUCUAUCUAUCUAUCUAUCUGUGUAUUUUUCACUAAUUUAUUUCUUUCAAUCAUUCUUUCUUUCUUUCUUUGUAUUUAUUUCCUGUCUUUUUAUAUUUUUCACCGCUUUCUUCCUUCUCACUAUUCUUUCUUUCUUUCUUUCUUUCUUUCUUUCUUUCUUUGUAUUUAUUUCCUUUCUUUUUAUAUUUUUCACCGCUUUCUUCCUUCUCACUAUUCUUUCUUUCUUUCUUUCUUUCUUUCUUUCUUUCUUUCUUUCUUUCUCAGUAUUUAUUUCCUUUCUUUUUAUAUUUUUCACUGCUUUCUUCCUUCUCACUAUUCUUUCUUUCUUUCUUUCUUUCUUUCUUUCUUUCUUUCUUUCUUUCUUUCUCAGUAUUUAUUUCCUUUCUUUUUAUAUUUUUCACCGCUUUCUUCCUUCUCACUAUUCUUCUUUCUUUCUCUCUUUCUUUCUUUCUUUCUUUCUUCUCACUAUUCUUUCUUUCUUUCUUUCUUUCCAACCAUCUCAUUCUUAUUCUCAUUUUCCUUUCUUUCUUUCUUUCUUUCUUUCUUUCUUUCUUUUCAUUCUUUCUUUCUUUUAAAUAGUAAUUCUUAUUCUCAUUUUUCUUUCUUUCUUUCUUUCUUUCUUUCUUUCUUUCUUUCAAAUAUAAUUCUUAUUCUCAUUUUUCUUUUUUCUUUCUUUCUUUCUUUCUUUCUUUCUUUCUUUUCUUUCUUUCUUUCUUUCUUUCUUUUAAAUAGUAAUUCUUAUUCUUUUUUUUCUUUCUUUCUUUCUUUCUUUCUUUCUUUCUUUCUUUCAAAUAGUCAUUCUUAUUCUCAUUUUUCGUUCUUUCUUUCUUUCUUUCAAAUAGUCAUUCUCAUUUUUCUUUCUUUUUUUUUGAAAUAG